AUGGCCCAAGGUGGUUCAAAUUCAGAGGAAGAAGAGGAUCCUGAAGCAGAGGUCGAAUGUUCCUCCAACGCUAGGAAGAUCGGGCCUAAGGAAUUCGUUGCAUUGUUCUACAGUGUUCAAAGUUGGAGGGGAAUAUUUGAGAGUUUCGACCGGGACAAAAGUGGGUUCAUUGAUGCAAAUAAGUUGAGAAAUGCACUACUGAGUCUGGGAUUUUCUGUGUCACUUGUAGUUUUGGAACUGCUGGUCUCUAAAUUCGACAAGUUUGGAGGCAAAAAGAGGGCCAUUGAAUAUGGCAAUUUCAUCGAGUACUGUCUGACUGUUAAGGCAGCUUCACUUUAG